AUGCCGUUCAUGCCGGUGAAGUUCAACCUGCAGAAGCGGGUGAAGCUGGCGCAGGGCCUGUGGAUGAUCUACUGGCUCUCGGUCAUCGUGGGGAUCCUGAUCUUCAGUCUCGGCAUCUUCUUCAAGAUCGAGCUGCGGAAGAGAAGCGAGAUGAUGGACAACAACGAGAGCCACUUGGUGCCCAACCUGCUGAUCCUGGUGGGCCUGCUGGCGUGCGGGCUCAACGCCUUCGGCGGCAAGGUGUGCCACGACUCGCUGGACCCGGUGAAGUUCGCCAAGUGGAAGCCGAUGCUGCGCUCGUACCUGCUGCUGUGCUGCGGCUUCAACGGGCUGCUGCUGCUCACGGCGCUGCUCUGCUUCCUGAUGCAGUUCGCGGUGUACCUGACGCUCGCCGAGGGCCUGAAGAACAGCAUCAAGUUCUACAAGGACACGGACACGCCGGGUCGCUGCUUCAUGAAGCGGACUCUGGACAUGACCCAGAUCGAGUUCCGCUGCUGCGGCAACAACAACUUCAGGGACUGGUUCGAGGUGCAGUGGAUCAGCAACCGGUACCUGGACAUGAGCAACGAUCUGGUCAAAGACCGUGUCCUGAGUAACGUGGAGGGGAAGUACCUGAUGGACAGCGUCCCGUUCAGCUGCUGUAACCCCGGGUCACCGCGGCCCUGCAUCCAGCACCACCUGACCAAUAACUCGGCCCACUACGACUACGACCACCGCAUCGAAGAGCUCAACAUCUGGACCCGCGGCUGCCGCGAGGCGCUCUUCUCUUACUUCAGCGGCAUGAUGAACAGCAUCGGCGUGCUCAUCAUCGCCACCAUCAUCCUGGAGUCAGCGGACAUGGCGGGGUUAAAGUACCUGAUCACGGCUCUGGGGACGAUGGAGGACCCGGAGAACCCCGAGUGUGAGAGCGACGGCUGGUUACUGGAGAAAGGCGUGAAGGAGACGUUCGGCGAGCUGUUCUCCAAGAUGAAGAUACUUGGGAAGAAAAACCAGGUGGACGAGGGCGGGGAUGCUGAGGCCGCCACCUGA